ACUAGUUCUAUGUUUUAGCUUAUUUGGUUUGCACAUAAGUUAGAAAGUCUAUGAGAGGUAGAAUUAAAGGCGAGUGUUUAAAUUCAAAGAAUUUUUUUUUUAUCCCCGUUUAAGUUUUCUGAUCAAUUUUUUUUUUGUGCUUUACUGAUCAGUUACAGUUUUAUUAUAUCUAAUAAAUUUGUUUUUGUUUUAUAGAUAAUAAUAUGUGCAUUAAAGAUUUUUUUUAACGCAUGCUAUUUUAUACAUAUCUAUCAAAGUAAUUCUUUAAAAAGGAAAAUAAUUCUUUGAUUAUGAUCGGAUCUGAUUUUUGUAGUAAAUAAUUAAAUAUAUUCAAGUUGGUAUGAUUUAACACAAUUUAAAUAAACUGAUCUGUAAAAUUCAUGUCAACAAAUUUGUGUAGAAUAUAUUGUUCAGACAUAAUCGAGGAGAAAUAAAAGUGAUUAAAAAGAAAAUAAAAGAAAAUUUGUUUUUUUUUGUCUAUAUAUUUUUGAAUAUUUCUUUAGAAAUAUCAUCGUGAUAUUCUUUGGAUACAUUCAUAAAAUCUAGAAUGAUACAUUGAAAAAUCCGUACUCAUUCAAAGUGAUCAUCUAUUUUGAUUUCUAUGAUUUAACGUUUAUAAUAUGUAUGUGGUGUUGAUAGAAUAUUUAAUUUAUUUACUAAACAAAAUGAACAAGUUAGAUUGAUAGAAAUCGAAAAAUAUUACCAGUUUAUUUAAGAAGAAAGUUUAUUCCAUUUAAAUUAUAUAUUCAAUGCCAUUUACAUGUUCACUUGUGUUCUUAUCAGGGAAACAAAAUACUAAUAGUUUACAUAGAUUUGUUGGUUAGUUUAUGAUAUAGAUAACUAGCAGAAGUACCCGGUGUUGCCCGGGAAAGUUCAAUCAUAAUAUAUACAUGUAAAACACCCAUUGGACUCGAGGAGAUGUAGAAAAACCUUAUCAAUGAAGAGCCCAGCUGAGAAACCGAUUUGUAGACAACCUUGCAAAAUAAAUGCGCUUUGAUCAGAAGAAAGCACAACGAUACAUCUAAUCGGUCUAGAACCUCUGUUCACAAUCCAUAUUGAUCAAGAGAAUUAUGACGAUAAAUCUUACUUCGUACUGCGAGAAUCAUACUGAAUUCUAAUUGGUUCCAAAUACAGACAGACAGAAAGAUUUUUGUGCAAUAAAGCCUUUUUUCAGCAACGUAAGAAGUCGAUUUCUAUGAGCUAGUAGCUGACGCACAGACUUUUAAACCUGACAAACUGUUUAUGCGAAAUUCCCGCCUUAGACAACCUCCGGGAAACCAAUUUCCUUAAAACUCGAUCUGUGUUUGACACAGGUGACGCAGUAGAGUCAUGUGCGGCCCAGUAAGAUUUGAAGCUCAAUAAACUUCAAAUUCCUAAUGUCUUUCCUCUAAUAAUCCAGUGAGAUGCCUCUUUCCAAAAGCUCGAUUUUUAUUGAUUCUAGUGCUCAGAAAACUCUAUUGCUAUUGGUUUUCGGCUAACUCAUAGAAUUUCAAGGCGAAUGGACAUCGGAUUCAAAUUCGCCACCUGUAGAAAUUCAUGGGUGACUGUUUCGGCGAAAAUCCAAUUUAGAUUAGCUGGUUUCUUAGCUGCUUAACUCCUAUUGGUUCGCAGUCAACCAAUAGAAUUUCGAAGUGAAUUGACCUUUGAUUCGAACUUGCCGCCUCUAAAAACCUCUACGGGACUGUUUUCACGAAAACGCAAUUUUCAUUAGCUAGUUUCUUAGCGGCUCGAUUCCUAUUGGUUUUCAAUCAACCAAUAGGAUUUCAGGCAAAUGGACCCCAGAUUCAGACUUACCGCUCUCGAAAGCCUAUGGUGACUUGUACUCUGUUUGAUCACCGAGUGCUGUUAAGUAGUUCCUCUAUGCUAAUGAAUGCUGCAAUCGGAUUGGUUGAAUAUACAGACGAACCUUUUUUGGGCGGAGGAUCCAUGCUUUCUGAAAAAGGAAUAGCUCUCGAUCUUCAUCUAGAUGAAAGAAGAGUUCAUGCAAAAUUUGGUUGCACUGGCUCCUACGGAGUCCAAAUGCAUAAAGAACAAACAAACAAACUUUCUUCUUUAUAUAUUAGAUUUUCUUAAAAGAUCGUUGUAUUCUUUUAGAUCGUAUUAUUAUGCAUGGCAUCAAACUUUUAACUAUUUUCUUCGGUCAACUUUUAUUAUGUAUUAUCUUUGUAACAUCAGAUUUAUUAUCUUCAAUUCAAUGUCUUGAUCGCGGUUUUUCACCAGAUAAUUUACUCUGUUCAAAUUGUCAUGAUUUAAAACAAUUUAAAUUAAAUGAAUUAGAAAAUACAUGUCAAGAAUGUUGUACUCAUACUGAUAAUGCAGAAGAUAAAACAAUAAAAUAUCAUCGAGCUAUUCUUACCCUAUGUACAUGUAAAUUUGGACGAUAUCCACAAAUCGAAGCUUUUAUUAAAAGUAAACGUCUACAACGAUUUCCAACAUUUAGUUUUAAACAUGUUGUUGGCGCUGAACCUAUUCUUCAUUUAUAUAAUGAUAAAGAUGAAGAAAUACAAUCAUUAGGUAUUGAAAAAUGGGAUACAGAUACAUUAACAGCAUUUCUUGAAGAAAACUUACAUGUUUAA